GGCCAAUCCGCGGCGAGGGGGCGUGGCCGAGGGGGAGAUGGCGCAGCGGCUCCAUCCCCGCGGCCGGGCGCGCUCCGGCGAGCGGAGCCGGCCCCGCGGCUCGAAGCGGGCCCGGCGCGAGGCCCCGGCGGGGGCCGGCUGCCUGCGCGCGUGGACGGAGGAGAACGACGGGCUGGCCGGCUGGCGGGCCAGCCGCUCCUCGGGCCCGGGCCGCGCGGCGCAGCAGGCGGCGCGGCGCUGCCGACUCGCCUUCGACUCGCUGCUCCGGAAGAUCCAAGGGCUGCCGGCUGCUCUCCCCAGCCUUUCUCUGGAGCUUACUGUUCUCUACAACUCCCUGCUCUUUGCUGUUAGUGAGUCCGAUGGCCUCGUCGAGGGAGAAGCAGAAAGAAUCAACCAUGGGCUCAUUAGGGUGCUGGAGGCUUGUGGGGUGUCUGGGCAGGAUCUCAGCACUGAGGAGCUCUGGCAGAAAGUGCUGCAGGAUGUGACCACGGAAGAGCUGUGUGCGCCUCUGCAUCGACUAGGUGCUCUGCAGGGGGCGGUAUGGCUGGCAGCAAACUGCCUGGGGAGCGUCACUGGUCUCUUCCGGCUCCUGAGUGACACCAAGGACCCUCUGCCUUCUGCCCAUGGGGGUGAGAAUGAGCUCCUUGCACUUCUCAAGGCAUGGAAUGUGCCUGUUGAGGGAGACACGUCGCCCCUCGUGGUGCAGAGCACCAAGGACUUGAAAGAGAUACUGUGGACCUCGGCUGCCUUCCUGCAAGGUUUACAGGGCCUGGAGGCUGGAAAUCUCCCCACCGCUCUCUCCCUGCUCCAGGCAGCCGCAUCCGGGUUCUGCUCCAAGAGGGUCCUGGCCCAGAUCUACACCUCCAUCGGCUGCUGCACUCAGCAAAUGGGCAAGCCUCAGACGGCUCUUCAGCACUUGAAGCGGGCGCUGCAGGUGGAUUUCCAGUGCCUCUCUGCCCUGUCCCAGGCGGCGCUGGUGUACCGCCAGCUGGGGGAGACGGACGCAGAGUUGGAGGCCCUGGCUCUGCUGUACAAGGCUCUGGAGACCCCCGCUCAGGAGGCUGUCUCCAUCGAUCCUUGCUUUCUAAUCCGAACGGAGCUCCUUGUUCACACCCCGGCCCUGGCAUCCCUGUUCAGCCGCAGCCACCCGUCGGAAGUGAAGUACCUGCUGGCGCAGCGAUGCCUCCAGGCUGGCAGGGUGGCUGAGGCAGUGGAGCAUUACCUGGAUCUUCUGGCUCUGCUGCAGGAGGGGCCGCAGCACCAGGUGCCCCUGCACGGCAGGUCAGCUCUGCCCAGGAUCCCGGAGGUGUUCCUGGAAGCUGCGUCCGCCCUCGAGCAGCUUGGCAGGUACCAGGACGCCAUAGCUGUGUGUGAGGAGAUCAUCAGUCGAACGGAUGACCUGAUCCCAGAGACGCUGCGGAUCGAAUGGGAGGCGCCAGGCAGGGCAGGCUCGCCUUCGCCUGGCAUCCCGCCCCAGCAGAGAGAGAGCCUGCGCUGCAUCGUGUGGAGGGCGGCUGCGUAUCUGCACCAGGGCUGGGCUUGGGCCAGGCUGGGGGAGAGCAAGGAGGCCAUAACACGGUUUACCAGGUGCCUUAAUGUCCUCCUGAGAGUCCAGCUCGUGAGCGCAGCCAGCAUCCAUAGCAGUGAGGAGAUGGCAGAGGCCCUGCCAGAGGCAAAGGUGCUCCAGAAGAUCAGGUUGCUGGCUCUCCUCGGGCGAGGCUCCCAGUUCCAGGAGCUGGGUCGGGACAAAGAAGCUUUGAUGAAUUUCCAGCACAGUUUGCAAGUUUGCCCAGGUGACCCUGCUGCCACCUCUCACCUGCUGCGAGCUCUAUGGAAGCUGAACCGAAGGCAGGAAGCUGCUGCUCUCUGGCAGAAGUUGCACGCGGACGCUGCCCCGGCAGACGGACAGCAGGAAGCACCGGGGAGGCCCUACCCGUUGUACCUGGUGUCGUGUCUAAAGCAGGCGAACCUCCCACACGACGAGUCUCUUGCUAGGAGUCUGCAGGACUAUCUGAGGACCAGUGGCCAGGAUCCUUAGAGCCAUCCCCAUCUCCUUCCCUGCAGAGGGCAGCAGGACAGCAUUAUGCUCUGACGGCUUUCCCAGGACUCUGACUUGCCCUUGGGCAGAAGAACUCUUCCUAGCCAAAGCCCUGAAGCACAAUGAAGCUAUUUUUUGGUAAUAAAAAGGACGUGGGAGUAGGCCACGCCCCACUGUGUUCGGCUUAUGCACACUCUUCUGACCCUCGCCUGGACUGUCUACGUUAGAGUGAAGCGUUGUGUGCUGCAGGGCGCUUGCCCCGGUGCUGUCAGGAAUGGCCCGAGCCUCCUGCCUCUGUCCCCUCGCCGUGGAGAGUGGGGCUGCCUGCAUGCUGGAUCCAUUGGGCCAUGCCUGCCGUAGAAGUACAGGUGUGUGUUUUAACACGUUAUCACCUAGUGUAGACAGGGCAAGCUGCAGUGCUAACCCCUGUUCCCUGCUGACCUGGCGCUGGAGCCAGCACUAAACAUGGGCGUUGCUGGCUCCUGGUACCGAGCUCCUCCACUGCCUUUGUCUGAGCCGUAGCAGCUUCCUCCAACUACGCUGCACCCAGGGGCUGCAGUGGGGAGCAGUUCUCAGGGUGAAGGCAGCUUAGAAAUGUCACAGCGGAGAGAGGCAGGGGCAGGGCAGAGUACGCGUGUUCUCUUCAGUGAAUGUCACAAUGGAGGUGGGAGCUUGUGGACCAGGGAGGCCAUGGCUGUGCUGGCUGGAUUGUCAGGCCAGGGCAGGAGGGGAUCUGCUCAGGUAUGGCUCUGCAUUGGCACAUGCCGGGCCUGGGCUGUGGGGAGAACAAGGAUCAGACCUAGCUGCCUUGGGGGGUGGGGAAGGGUUUUGCAUGGAGGAAAGAAUUGGCUCCAUGUGGAAUCACAAGGCAGGUGCGCUGGGAACUGCAGGGCUCUCCGUGCUUGGUGGGCUGAUUUCCAGUGUGGGGCAGGAGCUCUCCCUGGGGCCGGCCAUACAGGGUCUGUGUGGGGAGCUGCAGAGGGGAUCUCUGCUCCAUGGGUUGGGAAGUCCCAGGGCUGGGGGAGGGUGCCUCUAGCUGCAGGGUCUGAGUCUCUUGAGUCAGGGGGUCUCUGGGAGGGAGUGUGCAGCCUGGCCAAUCAGGAGGGAAGUGCAUAGGCUCCUGGCCAAUCAAAGUCAUGACCGCCUGUGGUGUGAGGGGGGCAGGUGUGUGACCAUGGCGUGGGGGCUGGUCUGGCUGGCCAGUCUGCCGCAAGCAUGGACCUGGGGCACAGUUGUGAGAAGCAGUGGCAGUUGGGCCACUGAUUGAGCCUCUAAGGAAGGGGGUGACACCCUCAGGGAGAGAGCUAGGGGGCGGGGGCUGCCCUUUGGAGGACCCUUCCUAGAGUGAGGGAGUUGAGACACCCCCUCCUCCCAAGCGGGGGACCCUCCUAGAUUGAGGUGCCUCUGGGACAUAUUCCCCCUCCAUGCACAUAGGGUGAGACUGACUGGGGAGAUUCACCCCGCCCCCCCCCCAACACAGGUCUCUGGGGCUAGUCCCCAGUAUCGUCCCUGUGCCCCCAUUUUUUCAACUCUUUGUCUUGUCUAAUUUAUAAGUGAGUAACAUUUCUCGUGUUUUUAAGGACAAAGACACAGUCUCCAGUAGUUAAGUGUUCUCCUAUAAACGUUUUGCUUCUCUACCAAAGAAAAAUACAGAGAGGGACAGGGAAGUAAUGAAUCAGUUCAUUAAUCCGAAGAGAACAAACCUAUAGAAGGCUAAAACUGACACCCCGAAUAACUGAUAGGACAGCAACUGUCUAAUCAAUGAGAACUGCAGUAGAGUUCGAUCAGUCCACCCCUGAAAUGGAGCUGAAAGGCGGUGGGAGGAAAUCGUUUUUCCCAAAGUGCAAUUUGUCUGCGGAACUCUCUGCCGCAGGCAAUCAGCAAGGCUCAGAACUUGGUAAGCUUCAAGGAGUGAUGGUGCAGAGCAGGCAGGCGCUCAGUUCCCAGGGCCUCAUCUGGUGCUGCAGGGAAGGCUGGGGCUUGGCCUUAGGAGGGGGCAGCUCCAGGUCGGCUCUGCAGGGGGCUGCAAACCUGCAGCUUGGCUGGCCCCCCAGUCCCAUUCCUCUCCCCAGGGACUGGGUGGCUCCGGUGCUUGCUAAGGUAAGAAGGUGAACAAUGGAGGAUGCUGGGGGUUCUCCCUGCACAGAUGCGGGGGCUCUGGGGGGAGGGCACGGUGUCCCUGUCUGCGUAGGGUUUUUAUAGGUUCCAGGGCCAAAAGGGACCCCUGAGGCCACCUGGUCUGACCUCCUGUAUAACUCAAGCCCCUCAGACUGCCAUGAAUUAAUUAAUUGCUGUUUGAACUAGAGCAGAUCUUUUAGGGAAACAUCCCAGCUUGAUUUGUAAAUGGCCAGUGAUGGAGAAUCUGCCACACCCUUGGGUAAACUGCUCCCGGUGUUAAUUACCGUCAUUGUUAAAAUUUUACACUUUAUUCCCAGUCUGAAUCUGUCUAAGCAGCACAUGUGCACAGGCCAGGCACUUCCACGUUAGGUGUCCUGUCUCUGGCCUGCUCUGCUCUCCCUAGGGCCACGUUUCCUCUCCCCCUCAGGUGCUGGGAUCUGCCUCGGGGCUCGGGCAGUGCUGAACAGCUCCUCCAGGCCAGCGGCGAGCCAGCAUGGCCAUGGGGUGCUGACACAAUGGGGGCUGUCUCUCUCUAGGGCACAGAGUGUGCUGGGCCAGUGCUGCACGUGCUUCCAACGUGGUGAGGCUGUUCCACCAUGGGAAGGGAAACAGGCUGAUCCAGUGCCCAUCCCUCUCAAGCUGAUAGGUUACUGGAGGGCUCCAUAACCAUCCCUGUCCCCAGCCCGCUGCAUGAAUAAACUAUCUUCUCCUGCUGGCCCUUGCGGGCUCUGGAGAGCAGCAGGGGCUGAAUUUGACUGCUGCCAGCAGAGACCCGAGCAGGGCCUGGCAGACUGUUCUGGAACAGUGGUGGGUAGAUGGCACAGCACGGCACCCAGGCUGCUGUUAGGAUGGCUCAUUCCCCUGGUUGCCUGCCUGCAUUUUUGGCAUAGAGGCUGAUGGUUUUGUUGCACAGGGUAAGGGUUUAACCUGGCGCUUAGCUGGUGCAGAAGGAGAUGAGCAUUAAUCUCCUUUGUGCUGUUAUAGGGGGGUUAACACGACAUAAGCCUUUAAAGCCCGUGUCACUGAUGGCGACGUUGCCCAGGGUGGGGCCCGUGGCAUGUGUGUUGGACAUGCCCCUGGUCUGACAUUGUGGGAUGCCUGUGCGUGUCAGGGCUGGGAGCUGAAGGGAGAUACCGUUAGGAUGCUCCAGUCAGAGUCAGAACCUCCUCGUGCUGGGCACUGCACAGAGAUGGAGGCGGACAGUGGGAGGAGAGAACGUGGGCUGUGCCGCUGUUAGAUGAGAUUAGGCGUGGGGCUGUGCUGGGGCUAGACGGUAACAGCCGGAUCCGGGGAGGUUCCAGUUUGCUUUACGCGGGCGUGAGGCAGGGCCGGCGCUGCUGUGGGUCCACACCAGCUGUAUGUGGUAGCAUCAAGCACUGCGCUGAGCUGGCAUGUGCACACAGGGACUUUGCUGCCCUCUCCUGACCACAUGGCAGAAUGUCAGCGCAGCGUCCACGCCCCAGGGCACAGACUGCAGCAGGUGGCCGGCAACCUGGGUGCUUGUUUAUAUCCAGUUAGCUGAGAGCCGUUCCAGCUGGUCCUGUGCCCGCACAAGAGCCGAGCCAACAGCUCCUGUGCCUGCCUCUGCCUUUGGGUGGGACAGGACUCAGGCUCCAGGAUGAUGUGGCUCUGCUGCUCUGCCCUGGGAAGGGAGCGACAGCAGCCCUUGAUCAUCGUUGAUUUCUGGCUGUGCCCAGAGCUGUGCUAUGUGCCUCCCAAAAUACGGGCUAGGAGCUGACCCCCUAAAGGGGCCUGAAGCCGCGGGGUGGGGGAGUGAUGUCAGCGGGAUGGUGAGAGCCAGGGGGUGCCGUCUGGCUUUGUGACUGAAUGGAUGGCUCAGCUGGGGAAUUCCCUGUUGGCAGGGCAGCAGAUAUGAGCAUUAAGGGUGCUCUUGCCAUGGUGGGGGGUGGGGGCGGCAGAUCAGCCCAACCCUCUCCAUGCUACUCCUGGCCAGCAACGUCCCUGGACAAUAUCAUUUUUUGCCCUGCCACCGACAGGCUUCAGUUACUGGUGAUGUCAGUGAUGCCCCUUCAGCUCCCUGUGCCCCGGCUCGGGGAGUUGCAGUGACAAAGGCAGAGUGGCUGUGUUUCCCAGGGGUGGGGCUGACAGAAUCAGCAUUUGUUAGCUGCAGGAAUAGCACAGUGUACACUGCACGUUGGCUGGCACAGCUCCACCAGCCCGGGGGUGAUUGGCCCAACAGAGCUGUGCUGGCAAAGGACCCUAGUGCGAGUGCUGUUGUAGGAGCAGUACUGCACUCUUGUCGGGUUUGUUCCAUCUGCACUCGGGUGCUCCGCUGGACUGGUAACCCGGUAUAGCCACCCUGGCAAAGCACUCCUGGUGCAGAUCUGGUCUGAGAGUGAACAUGGCAGAAGGUGCCGUUCAGUACCGACAGCUCAUUGGAUCAAUCUCCGCAUCACUGGCAUUGAUCCAUUUCCUCUCCUCCUGCCACAAUCACUGUAAUGCAAUGCUAAGCUGUGUUACGCUGUUCAGCCACUAGGGCGGGGUGCU